UGACACAUUAUGCUUCACUUUUUUUAAUUACAUACAUACAUACACACUUUGAUCAUAUGUCUGUUCUGUUAAACUACUUUUGGUUGGGAAACGAGGUCCUGCAAGUUGUUGAGGAGGAAGUGACCCAGUUCGUGGUGGGAACACUCAGAAUAGUGCACUAGGCGAAACAGAGCAGCCAUGUCACUCAACGGUUCUACUGCUUUGUUAUUCAUUACCCUCUGUACAUUUCCAUCUACACCUAAAAGCAUCGAUACUAUUUUUGUGCAAGUGAAAUAUUCAAGGCAGCCAAUAAAGAGAACAGAGGGACAGACAUUGACGCUCAAUUGCACGGCCCAGUAUGAGAAACAGCACUGUGAAAACAUCUCGGUCUUUUGGUGUCUUUCGGUGGAAGACAAGCCAUGUGAGCCACUUACUGAUCUGGACAAAUACUUGAUCCAGAUCAGUGAGACUAAACUCAGCAAGGAAACUUUGCUCAGGCAACAAGAUGCUUUUGUUACAUUUACACAGCUGACUCGCAAGGACACUGGCUUUUAUCAAUGUAAAGCCAAAUGUCAGCACACUGGGGCCACAGCUAUGGGACAUCGCAUCAAUGUCACUGUAACAGGUCAGGAGGAGACCAGAAAUAUCUUCACUAGCGACGCUAAAGGUCAGACAUUUCUUAAUCGGAGCAACCAAUGCAGCAUGGACAUGUUUCUUCUGACAAUCCUUUUCUCCUUCAUCCUUUUAUGGAUCCAUAAAAUGUGAUUACUUUGUGUCCUUGGUACACCAAAGGCAGUAAAUAAAGCCAUCAUACCUACCGCUCCCAUGACACAUUCUGCUUUGUGUGCAAGUACUAUUGCAUAGUUCAUGUUAGACUAAAGUUUGUGCACUGUAAUAGGAGCAUAACAAUCUUUCCAUUUGUAAUCUCACUGGCUAUCUACAGUUGUGUACAUCUGUUGUGUGCACUGCUCUUGAGCUCAACAGGAAACAGGGUAAAUUUGAAAGGUGGGUAAAGUUCCACAAUAGACUUGGUGAAACCCCUGAGGCAAUAAACAAACCAAUAAAACCAGUCGGUUGCACAAUAAACUGUUAUAAAGCUUGGUUAAGACAAUUGUGUCUCUUUACUACACUUCAUGAGGGUACAGCAGUCUGGUUUGUCAAGUGUACAGUAAGCUCUCAAAUCGUCUCUUCCUGUGGUAAUCAGUACAGCUACUCUCACUCGUCCUCACAUGCAUCUCUCUUAAGGUAGAGUUACUGAUUAGUAACUUAUUAAACUGGUAUAAAACAUG